UCCAACCUCAACAAAACGGAAAAAAUCAACCCUCUCUCCUCACAUAACCACGCAAAUCUCUGCGAACAGCGGCUCCUUUCUCUCCGUCUACGCCUCAGCAAUGGCCGCUGUUCGCCCUCUCUUUCUCCUCCUCUUCUUCUUCUUUCUCUUCCCUCUCCGCUCCCUCUCCCUCGACUCCGACAACCAGGCUCUCCUCGCACUCAAGCAAUCCUUCACCCAUUCUGACGCCUUGACUUCCUGGCUUCCCAACUCCUCUCCCUGCUCCGCCAAGUGGUUUGGUGUCAUUUGUUUCGACGGUUCCAUCACCGGCCUCCAUCUCACCGGUUUAGCCCUCUCCGGAAACAUCGACGUCAACGCUUUAGCUCAACUCCGCGGCCUUCGAACCAUAAGCUUCGUCAACAACUCAUUCACUGGUCAGAUCCCCCAAUUUCACACCCUUGGCGCUCUCAAGUCUCUCUUAUUAACCGGCAACCAGUUCUCCGGCCAGAUUCCCGCCGAUUACUUUUCCAAUCUCACUUCCUUGAAGAAAGUCUGGCUCUCUUACAACCAAUUCACCGGAACCAUACCGGAAUCUGUCACCCAUCUAUCCCAUCUCAUAGAACUCCAUUUCGAGCACAACAAACUAACGGGCCGCAUCCCUCCUAUGAAACAAACCUCGUUGAAACAACUUGAUUUGUCGCACAACAUGUUGGAAGGUGAAAUCCCUCAGAGCUUGUCCAUAUUCGACCAGAAUUCGUUUAAAGGGAAUGAAGGGCUCUGCGGAAAGCCCCUGCUCAAGGUUUGCACAGAGAAUGAUAAUGAAACAGCAUUAACGCCAAUGCCUGCCGAUGAUGAUGAUAAUAAUAAAAACGAUCACAAAAACGACACCGCCUUAGUGCUUUUGUUCUUUGCCAUUGUAGCUUUUCUCUUCAUGUUCUUUGCGUGCGGGACUUGCUCGAAGCGCAGGGACGACGAAUUCAGCGUGCUCGGUAGAGAGAAAAUGGCAGACGACCCGGUUGUCCAAGUGCACGUGCCGAGCUCGAAUCGGAGCAGGGCGACGGCGGACUACUCGAGCCGGAAAGGGGAUUCGAAGAAAGGGUCAACCAAUAAUAAUGGAAAGAGCGGGAUAAGUGAUCUUAUCAUGGUGAAUAAUGACAGGGGUGCGUUUGGGUUGCCGGAUUUGAUGAAGGCGGCAGCGGAGGUGCUCGGGAACGGCGGGUUGGGGUCGGCCUAUAGGGCGACGAUGGCUAAUGGGUUGUCUGUGGUGGUGAAGAGGAUGAGGGAGAUGAAUAGGUUGCAGAAAGAUGGGUUUGAUGAACAGAUGAUGUGGUUUGGAAGACUAAGGCACCGGAAUAUCUUGACCCCUUUGGCUUACCAUUUCCGGCGAGAGGAGAAGCUCUUGGUCUCUGAAUACAUUCCCAAAGGCAGCUUAUUAUAUCUUUUACACGGUGAUCGUGGAAUUAGUCAUGCGGAGCUGAAUUGGCCUACACGUCUGAAGAUUAUCAAAGGAAUUGCACGUGGAAUGGGGUUCCUCCACACUGAGUUUGCUUGUUAUGAUGUGCCCCACGGAAAUCUAAAGUCCAGCAAUGUUCUUCUGGGUGAAGAUUAUGAGCCACUCCUAAGUGACUACGCAUUUAAUCCACUCAUCAACACCACACAAGCAAUGCAAGCAUUGUUCGCCUAUAAAUCCCCUGAAUACGCAAAAUACCAGCAACUGUCUCCAAAGUCUGAUGUUUAUUGCCUAGGGAUCAUCAUUCUUGAAAUCCUUUCCGGGAAAUUCCCCUCUCAAUAUCAUAACAAUGGAAAGGGUGGCAUUGAUGUUGUGCAAUGGGUGCUAACGGCGAUGUCAGAAAACAGAGAGGAAGAAGUGAUCGAUCCGGAGAUGGCGAGCAGCACAAAUUCAGUCAAGCAGAUGCUGCAGCUCCUCCAAAUCGGGGCUGCUUGCAUUGAAAGUAAUCCAGAGCAACGGCUAGACAUGAGGGAAGCCAUUAGAAGGAUAGAAGGUGCACAAGUUUAAGCUAGGCAGCAUGCAUGCAUGCCAAUUUGCUAGUUCCAUAAUUCACGUGCAUGGGUUUGUAAUUAAAUCCCAUGCAUGCAUAUAUAUAUGCAUGCUCCAUUAAUGCUCAUGAUGAUGAUGAUGAUGAUGAGCAAUAGGAGAAUGGAAGCUUGGAAGAUGGAUCAGUUGGAUCGGGUAAUGAUGACUGCUCGCAGUGAAUUGAAUUGAAGUAGUGAAGAAGUAGGAAAAGGGAACCAAAUCUGCAAAGUUUGAAGAGAGGAACUCUCUAAUCUUAAUUUUUCUUUUUCUUUUUCUUUUUUGAUGCAAACUGAGAUGGCUUAAUUUGAGCCUUUCUUUCAAAACGCAAGCUGAGAUCUAAUCUACUAGGAGUUCAUUAAUUUCAAUGAAAGGUCCUCUAGCUAGACCCUCAAUUAAUCUUGCUUUAAUUAGCUAUGUUGAUAA